CUUGUCUUAAUCAGAGCACCAAGACGACAUAAGCGAGGGAUCAGACGAGGGAUCUGGAUUUGAGUUUCUCCUUUUCUCAGUGCACAGAGAAGUCGGCAUGAUCUCGCAGUUCUUUGUUUUGUCGCUAAGGGGUGACAACAUAGUUUUCCGUGACUAUCGUGGUGAUGUACCAAAGGGAAGUGCAGAGAUAUUUUUUCGCAAAGUAAAAUUUUGGAAGGAAGAUGAAGAGGAGGAGGCACCACCUGUUUUUAACUUGGAUGGGGUGAACUACUUUCAUGUGAAGGUCGCUGGAUUGCUAUUCGUUGCAACUACAAGAGUUAAUAUGUCGCCUUCUCUUGUUUUGGAGCUGUUACAACGGAUUGCACGUGUCAUUAAAGAUUACCUUGGGGUUCUCAAUGAAGAUUCAUUAAGAAAGAACUUUGUUCUUGUCUAUGAGUUGCUUGAUGAAGUCAUUGACUUUGGUUAUGUACAAACGACGUCUACUGAAGUACUGAAAUCCUAUAUAUUCAAUGAACCAAUUGUUGUUGAUGCUGCACGGUUGCCUCCUCUUGGCCCUGCUUCCAUGUUCAUGCAAGGCACCAAAAGAAUGCCGGGGACAGCUGUCACAAAAUCUGUUGUAGCAAAUGAGCCUGGGGGUAGGAAGAGGGAGGAAAUAUUUGUUGACAUAAUAGAGAAAAUAAGUGUCACAUUCAGCUCUAGUGGUUACAUACUUACUUCUGAAAUUGAUGGCACCAUCCAAAUGAAGAGUUAUCUUACAGGCAACCCAGAAAUCCGUUUAGCUCUUAACGAGGACCUGAGCAUAGGGAGAGAUGGGAGGUCUAUAUAUGACUAUAGUAGUUCUUCUGGAGGAGGGAUGGUGAUACUGGAUGAUUGUAACUUCCAUGAGUCUGUGCAUCUUGAUAGUUUUGACAUUGACCGGACUUUGACUUUGGUACCCCCAGAUGGCGAAUUUCCUGUGAUGAACUACCGUAUGACCCAGGAGUUCAAGCCUCCUUUUCGUAUUAAUGCUUUGAUUGAAGAAGCAGGGCCAUUUAGGGCUGAAGUGAUACUCAAAAUACGUGCUGAUUUCUCAUCAAACAUCACUGCAAACACAAUUUUAGUACAAUUACCGGUGCCAACGUACACUAAUAGAGUCAGUUUUGAGUUGGAACCUGGUGCAGUUGGAAACACAACCGAUUUCAGGGAAGCAAAUAAGAGAAUUGAGUGGGGCUUAAAAAAGAUUGUUGGUGGAUCGGAACAUACUUUACGUGCAAAGCUCACAUUUUCGCAAGAACCACAUGCAAAUAUCAUGAAGGAAGCUGGACCAGUAAGCAUGACUUUCACAAUACCAAUGUAUAAUGCCUCCAGACUUCAGGUAAGAUACUUGCAGAUAGCUAAGAAAUCCAAGACCUACAAUCCCUAUCGAUGGGUAAGAUAUGUCACACAGGCAAAUUCCUAUGUUGCUCGCAUAUGACAGCCUACACCCCCUUGGAAGACCCAGUCAGUUAAAAACAUUUUGGUUAUUGUUGUAAUAGUUUCAAUGUUUAAUCAGAUAACCUUAUUUACCAACAGACUAUAUUUCCAGAGCAUUAGUUCGAUGUCA